AUGGCUCCUAAGCCGAAACCUACGGAAAAACAAGAUAAAAAACCAGCAGGUGGAGGUGAUAAAAAAGCUCAAGGUAGUGAGAAAAAACCCUCUACUGCUGGUGGAGAUAAAAAACCUCCUCAAGAGAAAAAGCCAGCAGCUGGAGGUGACAAAAAAGGUGAACCAUCUACUGCUAAGAAAGCACCUCAAAAUGCUCAAAAGCAGCAACCUCCUAAAGAUAGUCAGAAAAAACCUAAUGCAGUAGCAGACAAAAAGACAGGUGGAGGUGAUGCUAAAAAAGCUGCUCCUCCAGCCAAAAAGCCAGCUUCUGCUUCAGGAGACAAGAAGGCAACACCUGCUGCUGCUGCUGCUGGUGGUGGUGGCAAAAAAGGUGCUCCAGGAAGUGGAGACAAAAAACCAGCUUCUGCUGGUGAUAAAAAACCUGCUGAUAAGAAACCAGCAGAGAAGAAACAAGGUGCUGGUGAUAAGAAACCAGCUGAUAAAAAGCAAGGAGAAAAGAAAGCUACUGUUGACAAGAAACCAGCUGAGAAAAAACAGGGAGCGGGUGACAAAAAACCAAAAUCUGCUGGUGAUGAUAAAAAAUCAGCUAAACAGCAAGCAGCUCCUGACAAAAAGCCCAAGUCUGCUGGUGACAAGCAAGCAGCAGGAAAAGAUAAAAAACCAGCUGUUGGAGAAAAGAGACCAGCUUCUGGAGCUGAUAAGAAGGCUGUUAAAGAUAAAAAACCACCAGAGAAAAAACAAGCUGUUGGAGACAAAAAACCAGGGGAUAAGAAACAAGCAGACAAAAAACCAGCUGGUAAAGAUAAGAAACCUGGAGACAAAAAGGUUCCAGUCGUAGAAAAAAUGCAAGAAAAGAAAGUUGCAGGAUCCAAAUCAGCUCCACCACAAUCGAAAUCUGCUAAAGCAACAAAGAAACCUGCAUCUGCUCCACCUACAUCAGCUCCACCAGCCAAAAAAGCUGCAAAGAGUAGUUCUGCUGCUUCAUUCCAAAAGACAGCAGCUAAACCUUCUCUAAUGAAAGAUUCUAAAGCAAAAGUUACAAAACCCCCAAGCGCAAAAUCAUUGUCCAAACCGAUUUCAAAAACAUCAGCAAAAGUUUUAUCAAAAUCUAAAACAAGUAUGAAAUCGGCAGCCACUAAGAAAAUAGAUAAACCUAAAAAGAGUUCAGCUAUGAAAGGUCUAAAGGGUAAAGCUGCAAAAUUAGCUUUGUUAAAAGCUUUGAAAACUAAAAAGAAGGUUAUGAAAGGAACUAAUUUAACUAAAACUAGGAAAAUAAGAACUUCCGUUCACUUCAGAAGGCCGAAAACAUUCAAACCUCCAAGAAAUCCAAAAUACCCUAGGAAAUCAGUACCCCGAAGAAAUAGAAUGGAUGCGUUCAACAUUGUUAAAUACCCGUUGACGAGUGAAGCUGCUAUGAAAAAAAUCGAAGACAACAACACAUUAGUCUUUAUUGUUCACACGAAAGCGAACAAGCGACACGUUCGGGCGGCCGUUAAGAAAUUAUACGACGUAGAAGUUGCUAAAGUGAAUACGUUAAUUAAACCGGAUGGUAAAAAGAAAGCAUACGUUCGUUUGACUAGUGAUUACGAUGCAUUAGAUGUCGCCAAUAAGAUAGGCAUAAUCUAAAUGAUUUUAAUUUACUUUAAAAACGAAUUUCAAUAAGUACUGCGUACUUCCGUUUGUAAUUACUCACGAUGUGUGUUCUUCAAUGGUUUCUGUCUCCUCCUUGAUAUUUGAUUCGGAAUUAUUUUAUUUUUAUUUUUAUUAUUAUCAUCACUAACACGAUUAUUAUUAUUAUUAUUAUUACUUUUUUUUUAAUGUAAAACAAGCCAAAAAGAAAAACGAAAUUUGGCUACCUAC